CUUCACACUUCUGACGGAAUUCCGACAAGCUUCUUCAGUUCUUGAUCACACGCAAGCUGUGCCCACCACAACAGCGGUCCUAAAGAAAUGGCGGAAAAGGCGAACGAAGCUCUGCUGGACGCUGCUGACAGGGGCUGCCUUCAAGGCGUGAAAGCAGCUCUGAAAGCUGGUGCAGACAUUGACUACAUCCAGCCGGGUGUUGGACUGACCGGCACUGGAACAGCUCUGUACAUCGCUUCCUUCAUGGGGCAUGUCAACGUAGUGAGACUGCUGAUCCGCAAGGGGGCGUCUGUAACGAAGAAAUCCAUUGGGAUAUCAUGUGCCCCCCUCCAUGGAGCAGCGAUCCGAGGGAGUACAGAAGUGGUGGAGUUGCUGGUACAUCAUGGUGCAACAGUAGACACACGGGACGCUUUCCAGAGGACGCCCAUCAUGAUGGCCUGUCUAUUCAAACACGUGGACACAGUUCGGCGACUGAUUGAGUUCGGAGCAAGGGUUGAUUUGAGGGACUGUGGUCCCGUAUCAGUCCUGGGGUACUGCGAGGUGGACGCGGGUGCAUAAGUCUGUGUGUGCGCUCAUGACAGGACAAUGAAGCUGAUACAAGAGGCAAUGGAGACCAAGCUGUUGAGAUGCUGCAAUCCUACGUGUGGUAAACUGGGCUACAGGUCCACCCUGAAGCUGUGUGGCCAGUGCAAGCUGACCCGGUACUGCAGCCGAGACUGUCAGAAACAACACUGGUCUGUUGGACACAAGAAGAGCUGUGGACAUGACACUUACACUGGCGACGAACCAACCGUUUUCGAAAGAGCGGUCAUGACAGCAAAAUGGGGAAAUCUAGUCAAGCCUCUUCCAACAAAUUGUACAUGUUGAUUGCAUGACAGGGCGUAUCCAGAUCGGGAAACUUAGAACUAGUUCAUCUAUAACAAGUUUGUUUGCCAUGCCAGUUCUUGCCCAAAGGCUACAUGUAAGUGCAACAUGAAACAAUAAUAUAUAGAAAGUAUAUACAAACAGUGCAUGCUUAAAAACAAUGGUGACAAGUGGAACAAGAGACUAUUCUAAGACUAUUCACGGAAUACAAUCUAGCUCUGUUUUUUUGCUUUCGACUCUGGA